AGACCAAUGUAACUUAUCCUUUGAUAUUUAUGCUCCAAUUCCACUGAAAGACAAGUCAUGUCUACUUCAUCUUGUUCAAAUGUUUUUGAGCUUGGAAAGUACAGGGUAGAACUCCAAACAGUUGAGGCAGCAGAGUCUAGUGGAUGCUGCAGCACCAAGUCUUCUUUAAGUGUUUCGGUUCCGCCUCCGAAACCGCUUUUGAUUGGCUUGCCUUGUGAAGCUGGAGAGUUCCCAGUGCUGCUUCUCCUCCAUGGUUUCCUUCUCUCCAACUCUUUCUACUCUCAGCUUAUCCAACACGUUGCUUCUCAUGGCUUCAUCGUCAUUGCUCCUCAGUUGUAUACAAUAGCUGGAUCAGAUACAAGUGAUGAGAUCAAGUCCACAGCUGCAAUAACAAACUGGUUAUCAGAAGGACUUCAAUCCUUGCUUCCACCCCAUGUUCAAGCAAAUCUAAACAAGCUAGCACUCGCAGGCCACAGCCGCGGAGGCAAAGUUUCUUUUGCUCUAGCAUUAGGGAAAGAAGGCAUCAGUACUAGCUUGAAAUUUUCAGCCUUAAUAGGCAUAGACCCAGUUGAUGGAAUGGACACAGGGAAACAGACCCCUCCACCAGUACUAACCUAUGUCCCUCAUUCUUUCGAUCUCGAUGACAUGGCAGUGAUGGUGAUUGGUACUGGUUUGGGUGAAGUGAAGAGAAACCCUCUAUUCCCUGCCUGUGCUCCAAAGGGUGUUAACCAUGAGGAGUUCUUCAAAGAGUGUCGAAAACCGGCUUGUUACUUUGUGGCCAAGGAUUAUGGGCAUCUUGAUAUGCUUGAUGAUGAGACAAAGGGGAUUAGAGGGAAGGCUACAUAUUGUUUGUGCAAAAAUGGCAAGUCCAGGGAACCCAUGAGAAAAUUUGUUGGAGGAGUUGUGGUUGCUUUCGUUAAAGCCUAUUUGGGAGGGGAUAUGAGUGAACUAAUGGCUAUAAGAGAAGGAGGGCAUGAGGCUGCACCAAUUGAGCUUCAAACUGUUGAAUUCUUUUUGUGAAACUCAAAUGGUUUGAUUAUGUAUGUAGUAUUUCUUUUUUUUGACAAAAUGUACCUGAUACACAUGAAUAUAGUUGUGUGUUUUAUUAACCUCUAA